GGCCAUGUCGUUCGACGAAUGGCGGUCGUGUUGUUGUUUUUGACAAGAAUUCAACGUCGCACUUCGUCCUGACGCACCGUCGCGCAUUUCGCGAUCGUCAAAUAUCCGCGAACGCUACGUUUCUCAGCUCGGAGAUAACCAGACCGAACUUGGGUCCAGCUUGGAGGCCCAGAGCGCCGAUGGCGUUACCGUGGCGGCGGCGGCAUCCUACUCGCCAGGUAAUGCGCGCGGCGCGCGCUACGAGAGCUAUGCCCGCUAGCUCGUCGCGUCCAAGCUCUUAGUAGCGCCGUUCUCACCUCUCCCUCCUGGAAUUCGAACUCACUCUCGAAGGAAACCUGCAAGCGUCGUAGGGGCGACAAACAUCAUUCAACGAGGCUCAGUUUCCGCAAACUUGUUCAAAUUGCUUGUGCAGGGCGACUUUUAACUUUUCCCGGGUGACCGCUGUAGCCGUUUCGUCGUCAACUUUCUCCUCUAGUUGGGAAGUAAGAAAGAAGAAACCAUGGCUAGCGGCGGCAUCUCAAGAUCGGGUCGUGUUCGCAAGAAGUCGGCCAAGUUAAUGGAAAUGGAAGAUUGGGACGCUUUCGACCUCAACGACGCACCUUCGAAGGCCAAAAAGAGACCGCGGUCGCCAGACCCGCUGUCCGAUCCUCCGGAGAAGAAAGUGGCGCCCAUCAAGAUCGCCAAGGCGUCCAAGGCGGUGAGCCCCGUCAAGGCGAGGGCCGUGGACGGGGUGAUACACCUGAAGAACCUGCAGAACAUCCAGGAGUCCGGCUACUUGAACGUGCCGACGGCCCCCAAGGCGGUGCCCGUGGCGCAGCACCAGCCCUUGUACGGAUCCGGCAACGUCGCUGACGAUUCGUCAAGUUCGUCGUCGGAGUCCAGCGAGACCAGCUCGGACGAGGAGUCUGAUUCAGACGACUCAAUGGAGUACGCCCGGCCAUUGCCGCACAUUCAGAUGCAGCAGAAGGGCAAGAAGCCGACGUUCCAGAUGCUUCCCCAGGCCAAGACUGUGGCAGCUGGUAACACUGAUUUCGAGGCCAGCCAACAAGCUAGACAGCGAGCCAUGCACCACAUGGAACCCAGGGCCGACAUGAUUAAUGUCGAGGAAAGCGACGACGACGACGAUGAUGACGACGACGACGAUGAUGACGACGACGACGAUGACGAUGAUGACACGCGCGACUCGCACCUGGUGAUCGCGGAAGAUGAGCGGCGGCCGCCGCCAAAGCGGGUUGGAGCAGCACCCGCGAGGAGCAAAGCAAGCGCAGCCCCCAGGCCCAAGGCCAGCCGCCCCAGCAAGAAGACCAACGACGAUCCAGAGUACGAGGAACCCGUUCCCAAGAAGAGCACCAAGAAAUCUGCCACACCUAAGGCGCCAGCCGCAUCCAAGAAGGCACCUCCCAAAGAGAAAGCCAAGCCGAGGCCCAUGACUGCAUACAUGUUGUGGUGUCAAGAAUACCGUCGCAAGAUAGUCAGAGAUAACCCGGACCUUGAUUUUGUCUCCAUAAGCAAGAAGCUCGGAGAGGCCUGGAAGAUGCUGCCAGAGAAAGAGAAAAUCGCAUGGCGCCGUAAGGCCAAGGUUCCAGCCAGCAAAGGUUCAAUGCUCAUCAGCACUGGACGGCCUUCAAACACAGCGGUGUCGACGCCAGCCACAACCAGCGCUCCUUCCACAACCACCGCGCCUGCCCCCCACGGACGAGCUUCAGGCGGAGCCACAAAAGUUGCCACCGCUGCGGCAGCUGUGACCCCGGCCACGACGCUGGUUUCGGCCCAGGAGGAUGCCAGGGCCAUGGCUUCUACGGGCGAGGGCCCGCGAUCCCUCGGCAUCGGCCCAGUUGACGUGGCCGCCCACCUGAAGCUCUUGGGCGAAUCGCUGAGCACCAUCGGGCAGCGACUGACUGAGCACGAGGGCCAGAUAGCGGUGUCCGGAAGUCUCUCCGUGUUGCUCGACUCGACGCUCUGUGCCCUGGGUCCUCUCCUGUGUCUGACGGCCGUCGGAAAGGAGAUGAACGGAUGCUCGAAAGAAACGCUUACCAGGAUCCUCAACAACAUUGCUUACGUCAUGCCCGGCCUCUGAAUCUUGCUUCUCGGGCCAACCCGAGAUGGUUACUGCCUCCCCCAUAUAGUGGCACCGUCCUCUCACGCGAGGCAACGUAGACAUCGUGCAAAGUGUGCAAGUGCGCGAUACGAGUCUCAUCUGGCCUAACCAAGACGGCCAAAUUCUUGCACCGGAAUUGUAAGAUGGAAGUCUGUGUGGUAAAUUAGUGCCGCCGCUUCUGGCGCACUCCAUUUCCCUUGAACGGCCGAGAUUCCGUAAGACGCCUCACCAGGAUCCUCAACAACAUUGCCUACGUCAUGCCCGGCCUCUAACCUGCAUUCUGAGCAAACCCGGGAUGGUUACCGCCUCCCCUCGUAAAGCGGCUCCAUCCUCUCGCUCGACACGACGUAUACACCAUGCGAAGUCUGAAAGUGCGUGCGCUUCUAUGCGUCUCGUCUGGCCUAAUCAAGACAACCGAAUUCUCAAUCCAGAGUUGCAAAAUGGAAGUUGGCGUGGUUAACUAGUGUCGCCGUGCCUGGGGCACUUUGUUUUCCCGCUGCGGCCGAGAUUCCGUAAGACAUGCCUCUCGGCUACAAUUAUGCUGCUAGUGGGGAGCUCGUUUGUCUUGUCGAGGGCCGGCUCAGAUGCAUGGAAAGCCCGCCUACCAAACUUUGCAUAUAGUCUACUUGGUGCAACGAGAUGACCUGUCGGAACUUUUGUGCUUGUGUCCGGUGCCCCCAAAUGAAGAAUGACAAAGCUAAGACGUCGGUUGUGCAUCCGAAUCUUUUGAGUUCUUUCUGAUUGUGGUAUUUGAAAACAUAUGCUGCAGUUGGGCAAGAGCGUUGCCUGAAUGCACAUGCCUAACGCUUUUCUUAACUUCCCGCUAUCUGUGUACAUGGGGUUUGCAGUGACAGGGAUCUCUGUAUAUUUGUGUUUUGGUUGCGCGAUGCUUUAGCGUACCACUUGUGUGAUCUUGGAAAGUUGGGACGUCCAGUUUUUCUGUUGUUAAUGAGCUGCAAAUCCGAACGUAGUAAAAUAGGCUCAUCGAAACAUUUCAUGUUGUUACUCUAUCUGCUCAUGCCACUCUGUAAUGUCGGAUAAAAGUAAAUAAUCGGAAACCGUGGCAACUAACUUUUACUCAACCUUCUUUGAAAAGCAGAGAAUGUGCAUGUUGACGAUACUUGUGUACAUAGCGAUGGCUAUGCUACCCUUCACCUUUGCUGUUCUUUGAACCUUGAGAACAAUUUUCAUGGCUGUAUCAACAUUCAUCCUCCUCUCAUUGAGACUGCAUUAAAUGGUGCACCAGCA